GGAAGAGCAACUGGUAUAAUUGUACAGAGUUUGAUAGAUGAGGAAGGGAUUUUAAAAAUAUAUAUAUUCUUAUUAUAAAUAUUCUAAAUUUUCUUUCUCAACAACGUCGGUUUAUUUAAAGGAGUAAACAUGCCUUUAUUUGCGCAGAAUCCAUUCGACCAAGAUGUUGAGAAAGCCACCAAUGAAACCAAUACAGUGGAGGACUGGGCCCUGAUCAUGGAUAUCUGUGACAGGGUUGGACAUACACCCAAUGGAGCUAAGGACUGCCUGAGGUCUGUGAUGAAGAGAGUCAACCACAAGGUCCCACAUGUUGCCAUGCAGGCCCUCACCUUGCUGGCUGCCUGUGUCAAUAACAGUGGAAGAAUCUUUCACUUAGAAAUCUGCUCGCGGGAGUUUGCCACUGAAGUCCGAACUGUAUUGAGCAGGGCCCACCCCAAGGUGUGUGACAAGCUGAAGGGGAUGAUGGUGGAAUGGUGUGAUGAGUUCCAGAAAGAUCCACAGCUCAGUCUGGUCAGUGCCACCAUUAAGUGUCUGAGAGAGGAGGGGGUCGUCUUCCCAUCUUCUGGCUCACAGGGGUCCAGCCUAAAGGUCACCACACCUGCUGUUAGUAAACCAUCUGACGAUGAAGACCUUGCCAAAGCUAUUGAGCUGUCUCUGCAGGAGCAGAAGCAGCAUGCUGAGACGCGGCCCCUCACCAUGACCGCCGACCCCCCUUUCAACACCAACGGGGGCGGGGGUAGCAGGGACUCCCGGAAGGUGCGGGCGCUCUAUGACUUCGAGGCGGCCGAAGACAACGAGCUCACCUUCAAGACCGGGGAGCUCAUCCUAGUCCUGGAUGACAGUGAUUCAAACUGGUGGAAAGGAGAGAACCACAGAGGAUUAGGUCUCUUCCCAUCCAACUUUGUCACGACCAACCUCAAUGCUGAGCCUGAACUAGUAACAUAUGUGGAGAAGACACCAGCCCCGGAGGAGCCCAGCAUAGAAGCCACAGUGGAGCCUGAGCCUGUCUUUAUAGAUGAGGAGAAGAUGGAUAGAGCGCUGUAUCUGCUCCAGAAUACUGACCCUGCUGAUGCAGCACCUGACUGCCCAGAGCUGGUCCAACUGGAGGGAGCUUGUGAGCAGAUGAAUCCAAUGAUUGAUGACAAGCUGGAAGACAUUGACAGGCAACACUCUGAGCUGUCUGAGCUGAAUGUGAAGGUGCUGGAGGCCUUGGAGCUCUAUAACAAACUGAUGAACGAGGCACCAUUCUACACAGCCUACUCCAAACUGCAGCCCCAGCAGCAGCCCCACUAUGCACCUGCCUCCCAACUCCCCAUGCAGGGUUACCCAGGCCAGGCUGGUGGUUCCUACAUGCCUCCAGGGAUGCCCCAGGGCCCCCCAGCCCAGCAGGCCUACAUGGGCUCUGACCAGCCCGGACCCCUCCAGUCACUCCCCCCUAACGUCACAUCUCCCAACGGUCAGCCAGCACAGCUUCCUUACAGUGCUCCAUAUGCACCUGCCGGUUACCCACCACCGAUGGGUUUGGCCCCACAGAUGGACAUGUCGGCCUAUCAGAACUGCAACCUGCCGCCAGCCUCCUAUCAAAUGGCUGCUUCAUCACACCAGGCCCCACAGCAGCAACAGGCCUACUAUCAGCAGCCUCUCCUGUAAAGGCAGACAGUGCAAUACAACCAGGGCUGUCUGAGUGAGCAGCAGCAUAUCCCCACCAACAGAAACAGUACAACAACACGCAAGAAUGUGUGUGAUUAUCCGCUCCCUAUUUUGACCUAUAUGAAGAAGAAAAAAAACUAUACGUAGUGCACUACUGCUCUGAUCAAAAGUAGUGCACUAUGUAGGGAAAAGGGUGCCAUUUGGGACAUCGCCUAGAUGAUUGUCACAAAGGUCAGUGGCUGUGUGAGAGGAGGGAGACUACAUGCCAAACUACCAAUCACCACGACCUGUUUUGAAGGGAUGAACGUUUUAAAUAUAGUGUAAAAUAAGUUAUUUUCCUUAUCCUGGUUUGCCUCAAAAACAUUUAAGGGGGCAGCUGUCUAGCUGAUCAGUUCCAAACUACAUCAUUGAUGGUAUGUGUGUGUUUGUCCCUGUUCAGUUUUUUUAUUUUAUCUUUUUUAUUUUUGAAUCUUGUUAUCUCUUCACCCUCUGGUGUCUGGAAAUCUGUCCAAUUGAAGGAGUCCAUGGCUGGCCAGGACAAGUCAAUUCAAUUUAAUUUCUGUCAAUUCGAAAUGGAAUUGACCCCAACCGCGACCAGGACUUGUUUUUUCUAUCCCCCUCUCUCUAACAGCAUCAUCCACUUUAGUUUACCCUUCUCGGGGCCAAAGGUUUUGAAGUGCUACAGCUAUAGGUAUUUCUUUCUGUGGUUUAAUCAGUACCAUAAUAUCACAAUAUAGUUCAAUUUGUUUCCCAUACACUGCCUGCCUUGCAACACUCUCUUUGGGUGUUUAAUACAUUCUAGGAGUAAAGCAAAAUGUUUAAUCCUUUUCAUUUGUGUGCAACUUCAAGGUGAAUUUGUUAUCAAAUUAACUGAGCAUUCAUUGUUAAAUAGAUUUUGAAUUGUGACCAUGCAGCCUUUCCAAAUUACUGCAGUUGUAGGUUCAAUACUGAUUUUCAUAUACAGUUGAAGUCGAAAGUUUACAUACACUUAGGUUGGAGUCAUUAAAACUCGUUUUUCAACCACUCCA